AUGAGUUCGCAAUCAAAUGCUAACUCAGAAAUCGAAGCAGUUACCCGAGAAGCUCGAACAAUUGACGAGUUUUUUGAUUCAAUUUAUAACGAUCUAAUAUCAAUCGACCAGAAGUCUAAACAAAAAUUUGCUUCCAAAUGGAAAGUUCUGAAGGAUACUUGGCGUGAAAUUUUGCAGGAGUCGAGAGAUGAGGCCUCUAGAUUAGUCAUUUUUAUGCAAAAUUUCGCCAAAGUGGUGCGUCCUUCACUUCAAGAUAUAGAUAUUCCCAUACAAGUGAUAUUGAGUAUUUUGGAAUCUUAUAUCAAGAUGGCCGAAUCGUACCGAAGUAAAGCUGAAAAAGUUCGAAAAAAGUUCUACGAUCUCAGCGACGAUAUAAAAAUCUUCUUGGCUAGUUACGACAGGAUAGGAGAAGAUCGGGUUUUUCACGAAGUUCAAGUGCAUCAAGACCGGAUCAUCAAGACUAAGGGUUUACUGAGUGAAGCACUAUUGAAGUGGAUAUCCGCGCUUGCGAAGCUUAGUCUUGGAGUAGUCUCCAGUUUAGGCCUAAUUCCUAAAAAAAAAUCAUAUACCACUAACACAAAAGAACUUAACAAUGCCACCAAUGAAUUAUGGGAUGAAAUCAAGGAUUAUCAUUCCAACUGGGUCGAUCGAAAAGAGCAUAAAAGAAAAAGCAAUGUCAUAGAAAACACAUGCAAAUUGGGAAAUACAAUGAAAUCGUUUGACAAUAUCUGGGGUACGUUUAGUUCCAAUAUUCAAAAUCUUAAAAAAACUUUAGACUUGAUCUCAAAUAUCAACCAACCGAGGGGCAACAAUGGUCACGAAUUGCUAUUACGGAGACAUUUAGAAUCUAUUUUUGAAAUUAUGAACACCGAUAUGGAUUACCUGAAAUUGUAUGCCCAAAAGAUCGGCUCUGCAAGCAUUCAAGAUAUAAACGCUGUCGACUGGGCUGUCAAUCCCAACAAUGUGGGAGGAGAUAUGCUUGCUAAGACUUCAUUCAUCCAUGUGUAUUUACAUGAUCGUUUGUCAGAAUAUCGUGUUAAACCUUUUACCCCUGAAGAAUUACAUGAACAAGGGAUAUACAAGAAGGAGGAGUUAUUUAAUGUUUAUAAAAAGAUGAUACAGGAAAAACAUCAUGCAGAAAACCCAAUAAAAGUCACUUUUAAAGAUGCAAAGUGCGUCAAAUGUGGAAAGGAAACUGAUAUAAGACUGGCUGAGAAGUAUCCGUGUCAUACGAAGGAGAUAAAUCACAAACACCCAAGCACGGAAAUUGUCCAUACAGGAUAUGUCACAACUCAAAAUGAAUACAGGAAAUUUGGAGACAGUUACCUUGAUUUCAUCCUACCUAUAAAUAUUUAUCGUUACCGUUAUGUGUACAGAGACAGAAAAGUAUGGACCUGCUGUGGGAGGGACUUUGGGUCUAAUGGUUGCAUUGAGCGCUGUACUUACUGUGGUAAAGACGUGGCAGAUACGUCAGAAUGCUUGGGGGUUUGCGAGAAGUGUAACCGGCUUUGGGGAAGACCACAUGGCUGUUCCAAGAAAGCGAAACACAAAUUUAAUGCCAAUGCUGAUGUAGUUCAAUUAUACAGAUCACAUGAUGAAUUAUAA